AUGAAUGUGUCAAAGUCAUAUAGAGUGAAGCCUUCGGACAAGAAACAGGCGCAAAUCUCCAGCUUCUUCCAACAGAAGCCUAGCACUAGCGUAAAGUCAUCGGGUUUAAAGACAACCCCAGAAAAAGUCCUUGCAUCACGCUCUUCGUCGUUUUUAUCAAGAACUAAUAGUACAUUGAAUAGUACUAAAGAUGCAUUCGAAGAAGUUCCAUCCUCUGAUAUAUCGUUUGAUUCGCCAGAGAUAAAUAACUUUAAAAAUUCCAACUUGGCUAGAUCCUUGUCUACUAUCAAAGAUGGUAAGACAUCGGACUUAAAUGUAAUUGAUUUGACACAAGAUGAGGAGAAUAUACCUGAACCAAGAAGCAGUCCACUAGCAAAGACUGCUCCAAGGAGGACGACUAAUAUCAUGCCUGGCAACAAAGUAAAUCUGGUUUUAGUGAAAGCUGAAGGUGGUACGGCUGGUACUGCUGGCACGGGUGGUACAGGUGUGAGUAUGAAAAGGUCCCAUUCGGCUCUUUUGGAUCACUUAAAUGGUAUCCCACGGAAAGUUCCAAGACAAAUAUCCAGGGUUUCGACGUCUUCAUUUAACUCCAAUUCGUCUUCAUUUUUAGAUUUCUCAAACUCUCCUAUAAAACUCUCUGAUGAACAGAAACAGGUCAUUACCUUUAUCGUUCAAGAUGGAUUGAAUGUAUUUUAUACUGGUUCUGCUGGUACCGGUAAGUCAGUGGUUUUGAGAGAACUUGUGACCCGUUUGAAUUCGAAAUUUUACAGUUCGAAUGUUGGCGUUACUGCAUCCACUGGUUUAGCUGCUUGUAACAUUGGUGGACAAACCAUUCAUAGAUUCUUGGGUAUUGGGUUUGGAGAAGGUUCGGUGGAUUCUAUCGUGGCAUCGAUAAAAAAGAAACCUGCCGUUUUGAAAAGAUGGAAAACUUUAAAGGUUCUUAUUAUUGAUGAAAUUUCUAUGAUCCAGGGUAGAUUGUUUGAGAAGUUAAACAAUAUAGGCAAGGUCUUGAGGAAUUCACCAAAUUUACCAUUUGGUGGGAUACAGAUUGUUUGCACAGGUGAUUUUUUCCAAUUACCCCCAGUAGUGAAAGGGGGACCAUCUGAAUUCUGCUUUGAGAUGGACUCUUGGAAGGAAACUAUUCAGAAGACUAUAUUAUUAUCAGAAAUUUUCAGACAAAAGGGUGACACUGAACUUAUAGACAUGUUGAACAGUUUGAGAUUUGGAGAUUUAAACGAUCAAAUGAUUGCAAAGUUCUCCAAACUCACUAGGAAAAUUAAGUAUGAAGAUGGAUUAGAACCAACAGAAUUGUUUCCAUUAAGAGAAGAUGUGAAAAGAGCUAAUGAUUACAGAUUACAGCAGUUACCUCUGAACCCAAUAAAGUAUUUGGCAAUGGAUACAUCUAAAGAUCCAUUCCAUCAAAAAAUGUUAGAAAAUUUAAUGUGUGAGCGAGAAUUGACAUUGAAAGUGGGAGCCCAGGUGAUGUACCUUAAAAACUUGGAUGAUGAUAUCGUCAAUGGAUCAAUUGGAACAGUGUUGUACUUUUUGACUACUCCCCUUUGGGAUAAAGUUAGCGCAAUCUACGGAGAUGACUCGAUCGGAUUAGAUGAACAAGUUAAUAAUGAGAUAAGAUUAAUCUCUUCCAAAGUUGAAUCUCCACUGACGACAUGGGAUAAUCCUGAAGACGUAGCAUUAUAUGAGAAAAUCCCCUUGGAUAGAAGAUCUAGGUUUCAACAGUUAGUUGCAUUUGCAAUCAAUGAAAAGCAAAUGAAUUUGUAUCCAGUUAUUAGGUUCAAUAUUCCUAGGAAGGAACCUAAAGUAAUCUUAGUGCAGAGAGAAGAAUUCAGGAUAGAUUCAGCCAGGGUUUCCGGUGUGGGAGGUGGAGAAGAUAAUAGACUUUGUAGAGUUCAAUUGCCCUUGCUUCUUUCCUGGGCCCUUUCCAUCCAUAAAGCACAAGGUCAAACAAUCAGCAGGUUGAGAAUUGACUUGAAAAAGGUUUUCGAAAAGGGACAAGUUUAUGUGGCAUUAUCAAGAGCCACGAGCAAAGAACUGUUGGAAAUAGUCAACUUUGAUCCUAGAAAGAUUCAAGUUGCUGAUAAGGUCAAACAGUUUUAUGAUAAGUUAGAUAAAGGGUACUUUAAAUAA